AUGAAUAUGUCUGAAACGAAGCCGUCCUUGAGGUACUCCUCGAAAAAUAGUUUUUCUUACGAGAAGGAGAUAUCCUCUACAACCCUCCAAAUAAGCAGAAAUCGGGAUGAGAUAAUAAAGAACAAGGUGUACUGUCCGAUCGAGCUGAAAAAUGUGUACAAGUUGCUGGAGGAUAGCGACCAGCUGCUGAGGAAUAAAAACCUCAACGCGGAGUAUCUCCUCGAACACAGCAGCAAAGUAAACGAAUUUGUCUCACUCUGCGAAGGCUACAAAGUUAAUGUUAGCAAUCAGAGCAAGCCAGAACUGAAAAAAACAUACAACUCGAUAGAGAAAAAUAUGCACUACUUAAAUAAACACAUCGAGACGGCUAAGAAGGAUAACAUUAUUUUAAAAAAAAAAUUGAAAAAGUCAACAGACCCAUUGUUCAUUUCUACACUGGAGCAAAAGUAUAAGCAAGUUUGUCUAGACAUUGAAAAUAGGAAGAAGGAAAUAAAGUUCUUAAAAGACAGCAUACGGAAGAAUGAAAAGCUAUUGGAUUCAAAUAAAAGGAAACCGAACAAGAUUGCCUUGGAGAAGGAAUACAAAAAUCUGCUCAGUCAGCAGUCGACGCUGUGCUCUCGGCUGAUACAGCUACAAAAUGGAAACCGCCUCUACGAGGAGAAUAUCUGCAAAAUCGACGCCCAGCUGGAUGAAAUAAAAAAAAAAAUGAACGAACUUAACAUAGACAACAAAAAAAAGGAAGACGAUGGCCUAGGGGGCAUUGAAAAUGACGCGUCUAAGGAGAACUUGGAGCGACGCAUAUUCAUCCUCAACACAAAGAGGGACGAAUUGAAGAAGGAAAAAAAUAACCACAUCAGCAACUUAAACGGCACACUGUCAAAAUUAAGAAAGCAAAUCUCCAAUUUAGAGGAAGAAAAAAUGAACUUGCUUAAUGAAGAAAAGAAUAACCUUGAUAAAUACAACAUUUUGAAGAGGGCAUUAAAUAUUAAAGGAUUAAAAAACAACAGAAGUGAAGGGAAGGGAAAGGGGAAAGCUGCUUUGGUCAGACGGAAUGUCACGGAGAAGGACGAACGAAUUGAUGAAGUUGCGACUCAUGUACAGCUCGAGAAGAGAGAAGGCGAAACUGCUUUUCUAAAUAACGUCCAGAUUGAAGAGAAGAAUUUUAUCGAACAGUUACUGGAGGAUGGAAACGACGACGAACCUUCCCAUGAAGAAGUUGUCCAUACGACACUGCCGGAACAGACGAAAGAAGACACGUGUGAGGAGGACCAUCUCUGGGUUCCACCCCAAUCGAAGAGUUUCGCCCAAGGAAACAAAAACAAUGACUCGCAGAAAGAAAAAAGAAAGAAGAAAAAAAUAUUCAUCCCAGAGUUUGAAGAUGACAUCCUUUUGAAGCUUGAAAAGCAGGUCACGGAGAAGCUGAGUCGAAGAGCGCAGGAGGAAGGAGCGACGGAGGAGGUGAAGGAAGAAAUGGCAGAAGAGGUGACUGAGGAGGUGAACGAAGAAAUGGCGGAAGAAGUGAAGGAAGAAGUGGCGGAAGAGGUGAAUGAGGAGGUGACUCAUGAGAUGACUCAUGAGAUGAAUGAGGAGGUGAAUGAGGAUCUGACUGAGGAGCCGAAUGGGGACGUGAAAGAAGAAGUGGCGGAAGAAGUGGCGGAAGAAGUGGUGGAAGAGGUGAAUGAUGCAAAGGGUGAGGUGAAAGACAAGCAGGAGGAAGUAGAGGACAUGCAAGAAAAUGUGCAAGAUACACAAGAAGAAGUAGCGGGUGUGCCCGUGGAAGAAGUAGAGGCUCUACAGGAAGAAAUAGAAGGUGUGGGUGAGGAAGAAGCAGAAGCUGCACAGGAAGAAGUAGAAGGUGUGGGGGAGGAAGAAGUAGAAGGUGUGGGGGAGGAAGAAGUAGAAGGUGUGGGGGAGGAAGAAGUAGAAGGUGUGGUGGAGGAAGAAAUAGAAGAUGUGUGGGAGGAAGAAGUAGAAGGUCUGAUGGAGGAAGAAGUAGAAGGUCUGAUGGAGGAAAAAGUAGAAGGUGUGGUGGAGGAAGAAGCGGAAGGUGUCGGAGAAGAAGAAGUAGAAGGUGUCGGAGAAGAAGAAGUAGAAGGUGUUGGGGAGGAAGAAGCAGAAGAUGUGAAGGAAAAAGUAGAAGCUGCACAGGAACGCACAACUGGAGACGCACAAAACGUAGCUGACGAUGACGACGCAUAUGGAAGCCUCCCUGAGGACCUCAAGGACGAAUUGAAUGAUGAUCCCCCCGAGAGGCACGAACCGGUCACAGAACCUCCAGAAAGCGAACCCUCCUCCCCGCUGCAAAAGCGAAGCGACGGUGAGGCAAGCGAGACGAGUAUCGAAAUGCAGGAGGAUAAAGAGCGAUUGGGGAGUGUCAUGUGGGACGAAACGAACAAAUUAGACGAUCCUGAUGAAGAAGUCAAACGUGAGGAUGAGACAACUGGUGAACCGGAAAAACCAGACCACGCGCAGGCAUGUCUAGGGGAAACAGGUGAGGAAAACACGGAGUUGCACGAGAUGGGACAGAUAAAUAGUGGUGAGGGGAGGCCCGGUGAGAAGGAAGAGAAAACACGGGAAGCGGAGGAGCUGUAA